GGUGAAGGGAAGACCACGGUGGUGACGCCUUUGGUGAUCCUUCUGCAUGGCAGCGCCACGAGGGCCUGUGUGGUCUGUGUGCCACAAGCCUUGACGGAGUUCACCUGCCGAGUGUUGCGGGAGCGACUCUGUGGAACCCUGGCACGCCCUGUGGUGGAGUUUACCUUCAAUCGCGCCACACCGGUUUCCGACGAUCAUUUCUUCAAGUUGCUGCAUGCGCAGGAUGCACGCGCUGUCAUGGUUUCGGGCCCGACGGCUCUGAAAUCCUUGAUGCUUCGCUUCGUGUUGACCCUGCAUGCUUGUGAUGUGGCGCGCAGCGAGGAGAAGGAACGUUUGGAGGUGGACCGCAGCAGCACCUUCUUGAGCCCCAACAGUUGGAAGAGUUUGCUCCGCUGGCCUAGCUGGUCAAGCAGGGGCGGUGUCACGUCACAAUUGGAGGCCGGUGGG